ACUGGUUUUCAGUUGGCACAUUUUUAUGUUGCACAGGAUCUUUCGUCGUUUCCCCUGAAACAAGCGAACUCAUUCAAGGGACUGAAGCUGAAGGUCCUAUACCAAACGUUCAACGAUGUUUUUGACAAGAUCGGAAUAUGACAGAGGUGUAAACACAUUCUCUCCUGAAGGAAGAUUGUUCCAGGUUGAAUAUGCUAUUGAGGCCAUAAAGUUGGGCUCUACAGCCAUUGGCAUUCGGACAUCAGAGGGAGUGUGUCUGGCUGUGGAGAAGAGGAUCACCUCUCCCCUGAUGGAGCCCAACAGCAUUGAGAAGAUAGUGGAAAUUGACAGUCACAUCGGAUGUGCCAUGAGUGGCUUGAUAGCUGAUGCAAGGACUCUCAUCGACAAAGCCAGAGUGGAAACACUGAACCACUGGUUUGUUUACAAUGAGAAAAUGACAGUGGAGAGUAUAACACAGGCGGUGUCCAACCUGGCCCUGCAGUUUGGAGAGGAGGAUGCUGAUCCUGGUGCCAUGAGUCGACCAUUCGGUGUAGCACUUCUGUUUGGGGGAGUGGAUGAAAAAGGACCACAGCUGUACCAUAUGGACCCGUCAGGAACCUUUGUAGAGUGUGAUGCUCGUGCCAUUGGUUCAGCAUCUGAGGGAGCACAGAGUUCUCUGCAAGAAGUCUACCACAAGUCUAUGACAUUAAAAGAUGCAAUCAAGUCAUCCCUCACUAUUCUGAAGCAGGUGAUGGAGGAGAAGCUCAACGCCACUAAUAUUGAGCUGGCAACGGUGGAGCCGGGGAAGACUUUCCACAUGUACUCCAAGGAGGAGCUGGAAGAUGUCAUCAAGGAUAUCUAGAAAAACACCUGUAAUUUGUGGUUUGACUUCUGGACAGAAAGGGGCAGGACAUAAAAACACACAAACAAAUAUUUCCGGGUUAGGGAUAGGGGCGGGAAAACCUUUUGUACAAAUCAAUUCUGAAAUUAAACUGUUGUAUUCAGAAAUA